CUAUGAUAUUUUCGGUUAGUUAAUUGGCCUUCUGUGAUUGAAUUUUGAUUUGAUUGUAACUGCUGUUGAAUUAAACAAAAAAUAAUAAUCUGAACGUAUUCCUUGUGUAUUUAUAUACUCGAAAAACAGGGUGUUCUCUAUUUUAACAUAUGACAUGGAUAACUUUGAAACGAUGGAUUUUGAUAAUAUGGCACAAAAUCUGCACGGCGAUCCUUUUGCAAACAUACCGAUGAAUGACAUAGAUAUUGGCAGGGAGUCUAUUCCUUUAUUAGAACUCAGUACCUCCUUUGGCAGAGAAUCAUUAGGAAUUUUGAAAAUUGACUGUGAUAUAAACAACCAUCUGAAUAAUGCAACACAAUUCAAUAAUACUGAUAUAUCUCCAAAUGUUUUAGAUCAAGCAUUUCUCUUAUCAUCUCAUAGUGAUUUGAAAAGUGCAUCAACAAUUAAGUCAUCCAAUUUCUCGUUCAAUUUAAAUGGCCAUGAUCAAAUUUCACCUAUAAACAUAUCAGAUUUUCCUAAUUCAUUUCGAUUCACCGGUAGUACUAACAUACUGAAUGAUGGUUUUCUAUAUACAACUGCAUUAAGUGAAAAGUUUCUCCAACAAUAUAGAUCUCGAUUCAAUUCUUUGCCCCUUUUCACCUUAAACAAUGAAGUUGAUAAAGUCACAGCAAAGCAAUUAAUGAAUAGAGCAUCAGAAGGAUGCAUGACUAACUGUAGUAUCUUAGAAGAGGAGGGAAAUGGAUUUAAUGAUUCUGUAUUCAUAGAAGCUCGUCAUUUAGCCACAAAAUUCAAUGAUGAAGGAUCAAAAGAUGGUUUUAUUCUGGAUGACACAGAUCCUCCAGAGUUAAUAAAUGGAGAUCUAGAAAGUAGUAAUAACAGUAAAGAUGAAAAAAUCAAAUAUGACAGUGAUGAAGUUUUCAAAAGAAUAGAUAAAUUGUUACCAGUUGAUGGCCUCCAGCAGCUAAAUAAAAAAUUAGAUAAUCUCACUUCAGACCAUACAAAGCAGCAGAAUGAUUUAGUUAAGCAAGUUGAAGAGAAUUUGUGCACCAAGCAACCCGAAUUACAGCUUUCCAAUCCUAAUGAUAAUGCCAAAACGGAAAUGAAUGGAAAAUCUGAUGAAGUAGAUCAUGACAAAGAUACAACGCCAACUGGAUGUGUUCAAAUUAAUACUGAGGAGUCGGAUAAAAUACUCCGUGCUCUAUCUUUGAUCCUUGCUAAAAGUGAUAGAAGUGAGAAAGAAACAGAGGAGGGGCAAUGUUUAUUGAAUACUUUAGCAGAUAUGCUCUCUAAUAGUUCUAAAGAAAAAUGUAAAUCUGUUAUUGGUGACUCAAUUAAAAGUAUAGAUGAAAUCACUAAAAUACAAAAUGUCUCCACCAAAUCCCAGGAUGGAUCAAACUCGAGUAGUUUUGCAACAGGAAAUCGUCUCAGGAGCAAAAAACAUAGUAAUUCAUUUUCAAUGCCAAACAAGGUAUUGAAGACAAAACUAACUGCUAGUGUAGUUAGAUCUCCAAGUUUCGAUGGAUCCAAAACAAGAAACUCAGUGAGUAGCGCAGAAUCUAGUGUCGAAGUUAGAAACUAUAGUGCAGAAAAUCCAUCUGUCAAUUUGAAAUUGAAGAAGGUCAGUUCUACAACCACGAGAAGAGGACCGAUGAAGGCUACUGUUCCCUUGGAGAACAUAACCAAACCACAGAUAAAGGGCACUCCUACCAAAGCGCAGCAAAUAAUGCCAAAACUGAAAAGUAGAAUCAGCACACCUAUUCGUGAUAUUCAACUGAAACCUAUGGCACAAUCAACACCAGAUCAUAAGGUCAACAAUUCCUCAACGUCAUCUAUGGAAUUAACCAAUAUUAGAAGCUUAAGUUCUUCGAAUAUGCAGGAGAAAUCAAAUCAUUCUAGUCCGACAACAAGCGUAUCAUCAUAUAGAGACAGCUUUCUCUCCAAGGAUCGUCCUCAUAUUUCACAGUUGCCAAGAAGAAAUUCAGUUAGCGAAUGUCGAAAAACUUCCACACCUGAUGUUAAAAGGACUUCCAGUAUGAAGGAAACCUCUCUCAUGAAGGCAAUGAACAAAAUAAGACAAAACAUGUCCGUAUCCAAAGGCCCGUUGCGUGAUUGUUCUAAUGUGUCUUCAAGGGAGAGUUUCAGUACAUCUGGAAAAAUCAUCACCACACCAAAAAGAGUGGUAAGUGAAGAAAGAAAAGUUAUAUAUUAGGGAGAAUAGAAAAAAUAAUAUAAGAUGAGAGCUAUUGGUAAGGAGAACACUUCUGCUGUUUGUUGAAUUGUAUGUUCCUGGUUCUCACUUUACUUCAAAUAAUGUGAUAUGUUUUUUAUAUGUUUUAUUUUUUGCGAUAAAAUUUUGAAAGAAAA